AUGGGCCCGCCCCCAUUGUCCUUAUUGGCUAGCUCCCCCGGGACCCUGGGGGUGACAGGCCCGAGCGUCCACGCGCUGCGCUGGAGCGCUCAGGCGAGCUGGGUAUCAGGCGCUCAUAACUUUGCGAGAGUCCUCAGCCUGUUCACGAUCGUCAGCUUCCAGAACACGGCGUGCAACACAGCGGCCGGCAUUAACGGCACGUGCUUGCACGCGGCCGAGUGCGCGGCACGUGGAGGACGUGCCGGGGGCACAUGCGCCAAGGGAUACGGCGUCUGCUGCCUCUUCGUGCGAACCUGUGGCGAACGGUCGAAUGCCAACAACACCUUCUUCGUCAACUCGCGGUUUCCUGGAGCCAACAUGGAUGUGGGGUCGUGCACGUUUCUGGUAGACAAGAUAAAUCCACGUGUUUCACAACUGCGACUCGACUUCGAUACUUUUGAGUUAGCUGCACCAACAAAUGGCACUUGUGUGGAAAACCAGUUCAUAGUAACUGGACAAAACAUCAAUAGUAUUGUUCCAGUUCUGUGUGGCAUCAAUACAGGACAGCAUGUGUACGUAGAUGUGGACGAGAAAAGGGGUCCUUUCAAACUGUCCGUUGUAAGCACUGGCGGUAUGUUUCCUCGCACGUUCAGAAUCAGAGUUACUCAGCUGAAGAAGGGACCUUCGCUAGCACCAAAGCACUGCCUUCAAUACUACACUGACACAAUGGGCACGAUUGAAAUGUUCAACUACAACUCUAUGGGAAACACACUUGGAGUCAUGCCUUCGUAUUUGAACAACUUGAACUACGUAAUCUGUAUUAAGAAAAAUCCUGGAUAUUGUUCGAUCACAUACACAAAUGUCGAUAGAAAUGGUGUGGAAUAUCCAUUUAAGUUGCUCAAUGUGGAUGCAGAUGGUCAAUCAGUAAUCCCAAGAAAUCAAGCUGGAGCAGAUGUUUUCAAUUGUCCAGAUGAUUACAUAAUCAUCAGUGGGAUACGUCUUUGCGGAGAAAAGUUGAAUGAUGCCACGGUUGACAUUGACUUCAGAAACAAUGCUCCUGUUACAGAUGAAACAAAUGGACCAUUUCUGGUGUACGUUCACACUGAUAACAGUGUAACUGAUCGAGGAUUCAAGCUACUGUACAUGCAGAAUUUGUGUAUGUCAACAUACCAGUGACCUUUAGAGCCACCUUUGGUUUCAAAAGAAAAGUGAUCCAUGAUUACAUGCUUUUAGUAAGUGAUAUCAUCACAAUGAAUUCGUGAGGGAAGAAAGAGACUUACAAAAUAAACAUGUGAAUCCAAGGUCGAAAUAAUGUGAGAAAUCAAGAGUGGUUUUUAAGAUGGAACUUUAA